AUGGCGGAUUGGAUCUACGCAUAUUCAAAAAGCUUAGAACAGAAAACCAAUGACCUCAACGAGGAGAAAAAGAUGACGGAGAAACUGUUGUAUCAAAUGUUACCUAUUUCUGUGGCCAAUAAGUUGAGGAACAACGAAAGUGUCAGUGCUGAAUGGUUUGACUCGUCCACCAUAUUUUUCUCAGAUAUAGUUGGGUUUACCACCAUCUCUGCUCGAUGCACUCCGAUGCAGGUUGUUGAGAUGCUGAACAAUUUGUAUUCCCUGUUUGAUUCCCGUAUUGACACAUAUGACGUGUACAAAGUCGAGACAAUUGGAGAUGCGUACAUGGUGGCCAGUGGACUUCCUGUCAAAAAUGGAGAGAAGCAUGCUGAAGAAAUCGCCACGAUGUCUAUUGAUCUUCUCUCGUCAGUUAACCAAGUGAAGGUCCCUAGCUACCCAAAGGAAGGGCUGAAGCUCAGGAUUGGAAUGCACAGUGGUUCCUGUGUGGCGGGCGUGGUGGGGAUCAAGAUGCCACGAUACUGCCUUUUCGGAGAUACAGUAAACACCGCCUCUCGGAUGGAGUCAAAUGGAUUACCCCACAAGAUCCAUAUUAGCCAGGCAACACGCGAUCGGCUGAUAAAAACGGACAACUACCUGAUAUCCGAGAGAGGGGAGAUCGACAUUAAGGGAAAAGGGAAAAUGAAAACAUUCUGGCUGGACGGCCGUGCGGAUAUGACUCAAGCCAAUGACAGCAUGGUGUGCAAGUACAUACCAAAACGGAAGCGAAAGGUAAAACAGGAUGACGCAACUUCUGGGACUCUUUCCCUUAGUACUGGUAUGGUCAGCGAGUCAGGGUCGACGUUGACUGUGGAUAGUAAUUCAGACGGGGUGAGUAAAGUGGAGGUGACUGCUGACGUCACUGGGAAACUCCAGGACAUCAAGGAAAGCGAAAAGGAAGAUAAAAGUAUUCGUAACGUGCAGAAUGUCAGCUUGAAAAAAGACUUGACAGUUGAGGACAUUUCCAAUUUUGAAACAGAACAAGACAGCUCCAAAUUCGGUACAUCUCUCGGGACACAGAAUAAUGAAUCUAACCUCGGAGCUGACACAAAGGGUUCUGAUUUUGUAGUUGUCAAAAAUGGUUCCUGCACUGGAUCCACCGAACAUAAAGAUGGAAACAGUGUGGUUCCUUCAAUACAGGAUGGUGUAACUGACGAUAAAGCAACUUCAAAAGCGGUUAGUUCUGAAUCAUCGGGAAAAGGGUUAGUUAAUCAGACUCCAACAAAGAAUUCCCUCGAUCACUCUGUCAAUGUUCUCAAAAACAACGGCACUGCGCCGAAUGUGAAUGACGCAAUGGCGUUGCCGAAUGAGGUCAAGAUGACAGAGAACAGUCCUGUAGCAGACGCUGAAGCUGCUCAACUGGCCAGGGAUAGCUCGGCAGUUGUUUCUCAUGGCGGUUUUAAAGGACAUGACCAUGUGCACAAAAUACAAUCUGAUAUUGUUAUUACUGUAACAAGUGAUGAGUGA